GCCUGCUGUCAGUGUCACAUUUAACUCAUCCAAUCACACACUAACAUUUGUGCUUUUCUUCAGUGGACAUAUUUACUGCAUUUUAACGUCUAACUAUUGAAGACACGCAUACUUUGGAAGAAAAUACCAGAAGGUCGAUAUGGUCAAUGAGGGUGGUGGUGGCACGCGAAGUCGCAAGGCUUCACAUAAAAAUGUCCCAUCAUCAGAACGGGAUGAUACAGGGACCGAGAGAACUACAGAAGAGCCCUCCUGUCCCAAUAAUGGGACAGUGGAAGUGGAGCACAUUAUUAGCAGGAAACUAGAGUUGAAGAAGAAAGCUGAGCAUUUGAAAGCCAAUCUGAUGCGGCAGUUUGACGCUCAGGUGAAUGAAUUCAUAGACAGUCUGAUCGAGGAGUCUGCCAGUUUAAGCUCCUCUCAUGUGAACACAGUGUUUCAGCUCUCCGAUAAGGAGAAAAGUAAACUCAGGCACACGCAACAGUCUCAGGGCCAAAGUAAGCAGUUUGUGAUUCGCCGGUCUCUGUUAGAUGAUCUGUUUGAGGUGAACCACAUCCGUACCAUCUAUCACAUGUUCAUCGCUCUCCUCCUUCUCUGCAUCUUUAGCACCCUUAUCGUGGACUUCAUCGACCAGGGCAGACUGGUGCUAGAGUUUGAUCUGUUAGUGUACGCAUUUGGCCAGUUCCCCCUAGUGGUCGUGACGUGGAUGGGUAUGUUCCUGUCUGUCCUCGUCGUUCCCUUCGUUCUUCUGAGUGGCUGGGCCAGUGUGUAUACAACGUCAAACCAUGGGACCCUGUGGACUGUGCUGGCUGGGUCCCUCCUGCUGCUGUAUCAGGGGUUGUGUUUGGGUUUUCUGCCCACAUAUGUGGUGCUGAAGAACAGCCUCCCCCCUGCAUCAUGCUUUAUCCUUAUUCUAGAGCAGGUGAGAUUGACCAUGAAGACUCACUCCUUCAUCCGAGAAAACGUGCCAAAAGUACUAUCCUCAGCACGAACCAAAACAAAUUCAGUAGCUGUGCCUCAGCUGAACCAGUAUAUUUAUUUCCUCUUUGCACCCACCUUAAUAUACAGAGACAAUUAUCCCAGAAAUCCAUGUAUACGGUGGGGCUAUGUGGCUACAAAGUUUUUACAGGUUCUGGGCUGUUUGUUUUAUGCCUAUUAUGUAUUUGUGCGGCUGUGUAUUCCUCAGUUCCACAAUAUCAGCCUGCAGCUCUUUGACCUGAGGGUCAUGGUGUUGUGUGUCUUCAACUCUAUACUGCCAGGUGUGUUGGUGCUUUUACUGGCUUUCUUUGCCUUUCUGCACUGCUGGCUAAAUGCAUUCGCCGAGAUGCUGCGAUUUGGAGACAGGAUGUUUUACAAGGACUGGUGGAACUCCACUUCGUUUGCUAACUAUUACCGUACCUGGAAUGUUGUGGUUCACGAUUGGUUGUAUUACUACGUUUACAGGGACUUCAUGUUGAUGACACAGAAGCGUUUCCGUGCAGUGGCCAUGCUGUUCGUUUUCACUGUGUCUGCUGUGGUACACGAGUAUGUUUUGGCCAUCUGUUUUGGAUUCUUCUACCCUGUCCUCUUCUGCCUCUUCAUGUGCUUUGGAAUGGUGUUUAAUUUCGUCCUUCAUGACCAGAGAAAAGGACCGUUAUGGAACGUAAUCAUGUGGACUUCGCUGUUCCUCGGUCAGGGGGUUCUCAUCUGCCUCUAUUCCCAAGAGUGGUACGCACAGCGUUACUGCCCCAUAAAAGAGCCAUCUUUCAUGGACUUGUUAAAGCCUCGAUCCUGGACUUGUUAUCCACAGUCUAAUGCUGCUGUGGGUGCUAACUAAGCUAAAGGCCCAUUUUUAUUGGAGGGAACGUAGAGGAGGUCAACCCGUUCUUCAACCUUUUUGAAAUGUGCCAUUACACUAUGACCAAAAUCAAAGUGACAAUCAUAUUGAACAAACCGGAAGACAACAUUUUAAAACGAGGCCUUUUUUAAUUAAGAUCAUUUAUGAUGAUGCCAAUUAUAGAAUAUGUUAUGUUCUGUAUAUGAUGAUAGCAUUGUUUUGAAUUUAUUAGUCUAGUUAGCAUCUAUUGUAGCUUAUGACAGAUGUCAUAAGAUUCUAUCAUUCAUGUGUUUUACUCUUUCACAUUUUAUUUCACUGUAUUCUUUGAUGUUGAUAGAAUUUGAUAUAAUGUUGUUGAAUGUAGCCUUAUAUAUUUCAAAUACAGUGGAAGAUACUGAGGUCAUAGACAUGACGGGUAUAGAUAAUAUACUUCACUUUACUGGUUUUGGCGUGAACUCACAGAAAACCAGGCUGCAUAUUUUAGAACCCCAGCAAAUUCAUAAUUUGUGCAAAACUGCAUAUCUUACAUAAUUUUUUUUAAUUAAAAAUGGAUGUGAUGGACCGUUUUAAAGAUCAGUAUUCAAGGUAUCCAGAAUUUUGCAACUUUAUCAUUUCUUAUUCAUUUGCUCAACACUAUUUAACUUUACUUAUUGUUUGAUGAGUUUGGCUAUUUUGGAAUAAGAUUUCUGUAUACAUGCUGUCUUUGACAUGUAUUGCCGGUCUAUAGCAUUAGUGGUAGUUUUAUGAAAUGCUGGGAUUUAGGGCUUAUUUAUUGCACAAUAUGAUGUAAUGUUUUUGGCUGUGCUUAGAUGUUGCAGCUGGCUGCACUCAUAAACCAUGUUUUCAAGCAAAGUCGCUUUACACUACUGGGACAUUACAGGUGACUUUUUUUACAAAAGUGCUAAUUUUGUUGUGAUUCAUGAAUGAUUCAUUCAUUCAGAAUGUAAUUCGUUAAUGUAAUGGCGUUGGCAAAUAUUUGUUCCAGUUCAAAGGAACAUUUCUGAUUCUCUCCAAAGUCUUUUUUUAAUGCACCUGCAAUAACUGUGAUGACCAACAGGUGGUAAUGGAGACUUGAAUGUUAUGCACAUGACUUACUGUUUUACAGUUUAUUUUUUCUUUGUGUGGCCUGUUUAUGUAAAUAGUAUGUUGUAAUUUCCAGCACAUUCGAUUGUAGUUUUUUUAACAAAACUGAAUAUUUUAGAUUAUUGUAAUUAAAUUGCACAAAUGAUAGAAUAAUAUAACAUGCCAUCAUUUUAGAAUGAGUUGUCUUGUGUAGUUGUGGUGCUCUGUAAUGGACAAAUAUACUAUUUUACUGACUUUA